AUGAUUGGAUUGGGUGUAGCGUCCAGCAUGGCGGAUGGUUGGGAAACUGCCCGCAGAUUGGACCGGCCGCAAAAGCUCCAGCUUGAUCCGAAGGGGGUAUUGCAGGUUUCUGGGAGUGAGUGGGCGGUGUUUCGACUUGGACACAAAGGAGUGGUCAACCAUAUCGAGAUUGACACUCGUCACUUCAAGGGUAACGCCCCAGAUUCAUGCAUGGUGGAGGCGUGCAUGCUGACCACAGAGGAAGAAGUUGAAUGCGCUGCGAGCAAAUGGAAGUUUGCUAAGUGGAGGUUGCUUCUCCCUACUAGAAGGCUCCGCCCCCACUACUGUCACAUGUUCUAUGAGGAGGACCUACGCUCUCAUGAUGCUGUGAGCCACAUACGCUUCACGAUAGCCCCAGAUGGAGGAGUGAGUCGGCUGAGGGUGUGGGGACACGCUGCCUUGGUCGGUAACACCAAGGGAGAUGCCAGAUCUGCCAAUCAAAUGACAGGACAGUCUAAAUUGUGA